AUGUCUCGUCGCGGGGUUGGCCUCGGGGCCUUUGCAAACCGAACUCAGGCGACGCAAUCUUAUGCUACCCAUGGCGCCAAUCUCCGCUCUACCCAUACUGCCUCCCUGCAGACCCAGUUGUCGGUUUUCCAGUCGUUGCUCCAUACAUUUGCACUAGAACAUAGCUCCACAAUAAAGUCCAACCCGACAUUCCGAGCAGAGUUUGCGCGCAUGUGCAACACCAUUGGAGUUGAUCCCCUUGCCGCAAGCAACGUCAAGGGCAAGAAUGGCCGUCGCGGACUGGGAGAGGGGGGCAGCUUCUGGACCCAGAUUAUGGGAGGAGAUAUGAAUGACUUUUACUUUGAAGUUGCAGUUAGGGUUGUGGAGUUAUGCAGAGAGACCAGGAGCGAAAAUGGUGGGCUGAUUGGUGUUGAGGAGUGUCGGAAGCGAGUGGGGAAGGGCAAGGCGAUCGGGAGUGGGCUCGAAGUCUCAGAUGACGACAUCCUACGAGCAGUUCGGUCUCUCGAGCCCCUUGGCUCCGGGUUCUCCAUCGUCAAGGUCGGCAGCAAGCAGUACAUUCGGUCCAUCCCCAAAGAACUCAACACCGACCAGGCAACAGUCUUGGAAGCGAUCCAGGUGCUGGGCUUUGUGAGCAUUUCAAUGCUGCGGUUGAACCUCAAAUGGGAAAAAGCUCGAGCACAAACUGUAAUCGAUGACCUGGUUGCUGAUGGUCUAGUGUGGUUGGAUGCCCAGGGCCCUGAGAAAGAGUACUGGUCACCGCAGAAUCUUCUGGAGGACAGUGGAUGA